CCCCCCAUGUGAUCCCAGGGUCCAACCCCACGAAGUGUUCCUCGGAUUUACAUUGUCGCAUACAGUAGUUCCACGUCUUCUUAAGUUUUUGACGAAGCUGUCUGUCAAAUAGCCUAACUGUAUAUAAGCGAACGGAUCACUGACUGGUCAUAGCACUGCGAACUCAAUCCAGGACAAGCGUUUUUCACACCGGUUUUGGCCGGGAACCAUGCGCUCCAUUUCGGGUUUAAUCGCGUUGGUCGCCGCUGCAACUUUGUAUCUCUACCUCUUGACUGUUUUCCUGCCGCCGGGUCCGCGACAUGUUCGCCGUGAUGAAGACGGAAAGACAAUCGCCAACGAGGUUGGGGAGUUGGAGAUGGAAGAAGACAGAAUCCACUUCCCCUCAGACCUGGAGGAGCUUAGGGAGCUGGCAGACCUGCUGAAGUUCUACAAGGCAAAGCACCAGACAUAUGUGUUUGUGCUCUUCUGCAGCGCCUAUCUGUACAAGCAGUCCUUCGCUAUACCAGGAUCCUCCUUCCUGAAUAUGCUUGGAGGGGCGCUGUUUGGGACAUGGACAGGCCUCCUAAUCGCCUGCACCAUGACGACCUUGGGCUCCACCUUCUGUUACCUCCUCUCCAGUACUUUUGGAAAGCAGCAUGUCGUGCGCCUAUUCCCAGACAAGGUGGCCAUGCUACAGAAAAAGUGUGAGGAGAACAAAAGUAGCCUCUUCUUCUUCCUGCUUUUCCUGAGAUUCUUCCCUAUGACUCCCAACUGGUUCCUAAACAUCACCGCCCCAAUUCUCAACAUCCCCAUCCCCAUUUUCUUCUCCUCUGUCUUCAUUGGCCUGAUUCCAUACAACUUUAUCUGCGUGCGCACGGGCUCCAUCCUAUCAAAGAUCAGCUCGCUGGACGACAUCUUCUCCUGGGGCACCCUGCUGCAGCUGCUGGUCAUCGCCUGCGUGGCUCUGCUCCCCGGUGUGCUUAUCCGCCGCUACAGCAAGACACACCUCAAGCUGGAAGGCCUCGAGCCCAACGGACACCACACCAGCCCUGAUGCCAACGACCGCAAAACCAGAUGACCACCAGGGCGGAAACACAGAGACCAUACACACACAAAGGUUGUAAGGAUACGGCAGACUACACAAUUACGUAAAAACUGAAGCACCAGCAAAUUCGUUACGACUCAAUAUGAUAUUGCCCUAUUAUCAAGGGUAUUUGAUAAUAAUGUGAUGUGAUAUAUUAUUGCUCCUUUGAUUUGAUAUAUUAUCAACAUUUUGUACACUCCAUAAAUAGCACUGUAAAACUUGGUGGUGAGGGGGGCCUUGGGUAUUAAGGGGAAAUGCUGGUGUGUCCUGUUUGUAAUGUUUGUAUGGGUGAUUCAAACAGCUGCUCCUGCACUCCACCCCCAUACCCUAGGCGCACCCCAAAUCUCCACAGUCCCCCUCAACGAAAGUGAUGGGCCAUAUGAGGAUGUGGAGGAAGGGAUAUUUUUCAGCACGUCUUAAAACACUGACUGCCAGCUAUGCUGGAAAAAUGUAUGUAGACACUGAAGCCUUAAAUGUGCACCAGCACAGACAAGCACACACACAAACAUGCACACGCCUACGCACACAAACACAUACACACAAACACAGUGUCAUCUAGGAAAUUGGCAGCUUUGUGAUUAUGCCUGCUGUUGUGUUAAACUACCCGAAUGAUGGUGUUCACCAUUUCUGUGGAGGAGGCGCUUAAAAUGUGGGUUGGUUCGAUAAUUCACACUUUAGAACCACACUUUGUCUUGGGGAAUUUAAGUGAGUCUGUCCUAUCAGAAUGCACUGUGGAGGUCAAUAGAGACGGUUUCAACACAGAGUGUUCAAACCGUCAAGAAAAGUUACAGUGACUGAUGCUACACAUGACAAGUUGAUGUGAAUGUAUUAUUAUACGAAACUAAAAGCAGUAUUUGAUGAAAUACUGUGGUAGCACAGCGUUACAGCAGCACACAUCAGUACCUCUCUCUCCCACACACAUCACCUCACCACUCUUCCCUUACAUUUGUUUACAUUGAGUUAUGUAGUGUGUUACUGUAAUUGGUCGGUGCCCUUGCAUUGCUCGUGUUGUGGCCGUUUGAGGUUAGCCUGUAGGCUGAGCACUUGUUUUAUUAUUAUUUAACCAAAGCUUCUGCACUGCGAUGAUGCACAUGAGUGUCUGUCUGUGAGCCUCGACACACUGGGCUUCCAUAAUGGCCUACGGAAAUAGACAAAUCUUCACUAAAGGGCUAAAUACAACAGCAAGGAGUAGAAGUCAUGUUUUUGCUGAUGACUUUUAUCUCAUUAAAAUAAUUUCUUAUUAUAUGCAAACCAUUAUACAAUUAUUUUAUCUAGUAAAUAGUAGUAGUAGUAUGCUACAUAGUUAAUUAAAAGUCUCUGACGUUGUUGCUUGGUAAUGAUCAGGGUCUCAGUUUGAUUAUGCUCAUUAUUCUGAGCUGAAACACUUAACAGACAGCUGAAGAACCGUAUAUUUAAUUUGACAGAAAGUGUUUGUGAUUACAAUCGCGGACUGCACCAUUAAAUAUAACUCAUCAAUAACAUCAUCCAUCCCAAACCACGCUGCAAAAUCAGAAGCUAUCACCAUGUCUAGUUUUCAUAUUUCAGAUUGAACCUCUCGCAGUACGUACUGAUGGAUGACAGUGACAUGGCAAUUCAUCAUGUGUUGAUGAUGCAACAUCUGUUGCUAUUUACGUGAAUGUCAAUCUUUGGCAUUUGAGAUGAACUUACACAUAUGCAUGGAUGCAGGUUCAGCUCGAUCAGAGUAGCUUAAAAGCACAUCAGUAUGACAAAAACAUUGCUGAGGAUAAUUUGCUCUUCUCCAAACUGUAGGACACCAUCCUCCCACACCUUUCCCCUUUCCCGGCUGUUGUCAAAUCUGCAGCUACAAGCAUCUGUGCCUCUGUGGUGUAGCGCUUUGCAAACACUAUAUUCUAACCACCGAGCAGAUUCAAUUAGCUCUAUGUCAGCCUGACAACACAGUAAUGAUGUGACUGAUUAAGACUGUACAUUUCACCAGCUGUUUAUGCAACACCAUGAAUGACUCCAUUUCAAUUAACCUCUAUCUCUUAGCUUUAUGGUGUUACAGUUUGUUGAGUUAUUUCAUCCCAGCAGAAGACAGGUAAUUACCCAUAGUCAUUAUGUAAGCCUAGAGUUGUCCCUGAUGUGGUAAUUAACUGUCACAAAAGUGUUAUGUGCUGUCGACACAGUGUAGCACUUAUUCACCGAUGAAAAGGUUUGUCUUGGUGGCCCAGUGUGUUGAUGGAGCGAAGUCAUGACUGUGUCUCAUUAUUUUUUGUUAUUGUUUUGUUAUUUAGCUUUUCUCUUGUUAAUGAGAUAUGUUUGAGCAAUGUAGUCUUCACUGCACAAAUUACUGUCUGUAAGUCUGUGCUGCUGCGAGUGCUUUGUGAGUACAAUGGUGGCGAUGUUUGAAAGCUAUUUAGUUUAGAUUGAACGAACAAAAGUAUUGCAAUAUUGUGAGCUCUGUGUAGUCAUUAGUUUUUCAGGUAGCUUUUGUUUGAAACAGAAGCUAUACAGCCAGAGAUAUGUGCCUUUACAAGUCAUUUUAACUCUUCUUCAUAUUAGAGUUUUGAGGCCUUGAGCUACUUUGGCUAAACCUUGAGAUUUGUUUUAUUCUCCCACAUAUCCAUAGAUCCAUAUGCAUUGUAAAACAGCAGAGUUUUCAUUUAAUUUCAUGAAUUGUAUAUGUUCAACUGAUUUGGUGGUGAAAGAUGUUAUGUGUAAAAACCAAAGGUUGGGACUCUAAUUCAGCUUGGCUGUUACAGUACACCACUGAUGACAUUGUCUCAGCAUGUGCCCUUGGAGGGGCUUAAGGCAACUGCUUCUGCUAAUAAACGCAAAAUGCCAAAGGGUGGUAUGUUUGAAAGCGUCCAUCCAUGUACCCUUUAACCAUCCCUCCCAUUUUGCCACCAUAAUCACUGUUGUUUUAUCAUAUUAUCGUAUUGUUUAAAACAUUUUAUGUUUGUUUUGCUGUUGGACAUGUUGGUAUCAAGUUAGAUUUUAUCAUGCAAUACAUGUUUAAAUUGAGAUGGUACAAGUAUAUACUAUUCAAUGUUCACUCAGUCCUGCUACACAGAUCUCAUAAUGAUUUUACAAGCACUGAACUAUGUCUUAUUGAAUUUCAAAAGUGCAAUGGCUUUGUAAGGCGUAAAUAAAUCAAAUAAAAUGUUCAUGAAC